AUGAUGAGGACCAUCUUCGCCCUUGUUCUCGCCACCCUUGCCGCGGCCGCCCCCGCCGACAAGCUCGCGCGCAAGCCGCUCUUCUCGUCCCAUCCACACCCUCCGGUCUGCGCAAAGCCCGAUGGGUGCAACGCGCCGAUUGACACGAUGGCGGAGACCGUCCGAGCCAUCAUCGGAGCGUCCUUGCCCCCAAACCUCGUGUGCCUCACCUACUACUCCACGUGUGGUGUCAUUGAGGGCCCUGUGGCCUGCAUCGCCACAGCCGUCGCAGCACUCGUCCAGCACCCCGUCACGGGCAUCCCCAAGUUCCUGCGCGACCUCUCCCGCUGCCUCGUGGGCUCGGGCUUCACGCUCGACGAUCACGAUCCUGAGACGGGAGAGCCUCUCAUGAUGGGCCGCUGA